AGAAUUAAGCCAUGGGUCGUGAUCUUGUGCUGCUUUGGUUCCUCUUCUUCAUAUUUUUUUUAUGGCCAGCGGUGGCUACAUCGUCAUCAAUGUUACCAAUUGCAAAACCCAAUUGCUUGGAUAAAUGCGGCAAUAUCUCAGUUCCUUAUCCAUUUGGGUUGGGAGAUCAAAAAUGUUUUAGAGAACAAAAUUUUAGCCUCACUUGUAACCACAGCUAUAGCCCUCCCAAACUGUUCAUAUGGGAGUCUGUCGAAAUUCUAGAUAUUUCAAUAUUAGAAGGCCUACUGCGUGUAUUUACCUAUGUAAUUGGAGAUUGUUACGACAAGUCUGGCCAACAGACUUAUGAGAGCUUUAAUGAUAUGUUCUUCGACAGUACUACUUUAACGACAACUUUCUCGUUCUCUGACACAGAGAACAGAUUCACAGCCCUGGGUUGUGACACCAUAGCUUUAAUCACGGACUUCAGUGGCCCGAGCUUCGGGAGUGGGUGUAGCAUGACUUGCAACAACAUAUCUGAUGUGAUUAAUGGUUCCUGCUUGGGCAUCGGUUGCUGCCAGACCUCAAUUCCAAAGGGCUAUGGUGUCUAUGACUUACAUCUCUCCAGCUUUCAAAAUCACACCAAGGUCUAUGAUUACAAUCCUUGCAACUACGCUUUCAUAGUUGACAAGAACUGGUACAACUUUUCCGUUUCGCAUCUCCUGAAUUAUACCGUACACGAAGAUGACGACGGUUAUUCACGAGUACCAGCUGUGUUCGAUUGGGCAGUAGAUAAAAAGUCUUGCGCUGAUGCUUUGAAGGACCCAAAUACCUACGCAUGUGGCAAAAACAGCAUCUGUAACACCUCUAAGAACGGUGUUGGGUACAGCUGCAACUGUUUACAAGGUUACCAUGGGAACCCUUAUCUUCCAGAAGGAUGCCAAGACAUAAAUGAAUGUGAAGAACCAUCUGGGCCUUGCAAUGGGACUUGUACCAACCUGCUUGGGAGUUACAAAUGCUCUUGCCCACCUGGUUAUUUUGGAGAUGGGAAAAAAAAUGGAAGUGGAUGCAUUCCUCCUCAAAAGCAAUUUCCAGUAAUAGCAGUCACCGUAGGUACUGGCUUGGGCUCCUUGUUCCUACUUAUUGGUAUCUUAUUGGUGUUGUUGGCACUUCAAAAGAGAAAGGAGUACAAAUUGAAACAGAAGUUCUUCAAGCAAAAUGGAGGCUUCUUGUUAAAGCAACACUUAUCUUCCCAACAAGGAUCUGUUGAAGCUACCAAAAUCUUUGCCGUUGAAGAACUAAAGCGAGCGACUAAUAACUAUCAUAUGAACCAGAUCCUUGGUCAAGGAGCCUACGGUACAGUAUACAAAGGAAUUCUACCUGAUCAUAGAAUUGUCGCCAUUAAGAAAUCAAAAUUGGUUGAUGAAAGUCAGAUAGAGCAAUUCAUAAAUGAAAUGGUUAUUCUCUCCCGGAUCAACCAUAGAAAUGUGGUAAAGUUAUUGGGUUGCUGCUUAGAGGCUGAGGUUCCUAUAUUAGUGUAUGAAUUUAUCACGAACAAAACCUUAUUCCACCAUAUCCAUGGUGAGGGAUGUAAUUCUCCAAUUUCAUGGGAUAAUCGUCUAAGGAUAGCUGCAGAAACAGCGGAGGCGCUUGCUUAUUUGCAUUCUGUAGCUUCACCACCUAUCAUUCACAGAGAUAUUAAGUCUGCAAACAUACUCUUGGAUGAUAAUUAUACAGCAAGGGUGUCAGACUUUGGUGCAUCAAGGUUGGUUCCUUUAGACCAAACUCAAUUUACACUAGUGCAAGGAACAUUGGGAUAUUUGGAUCCAGAGUAUCUUCAAUCAAGUCAACUAAUAGAAAAGAGUGAUGUUUAUAGCUUUGGUGUAGUACUUGCGGAGCUAUUAACGGGAAAGAAGGCACUCUAUUCUGAUGGGCCUAGUAAAGAGACAAGUCUAGCCAUGCAUUUUGUUACUUCAACUAGAGAAGGUAGGAUUUGGGAUAUUCUAGAUGAUCGGAUUUUAAUUGAAGGAUGUAAAGAGCAACUCCAUGAAGUUCUUUUAUUGGCUGAAAGAUGUUUAAGAGUAAAAGGAGAAGAAAGGCCCACAAUGAAGGAAGUGGCAAUGGAGUUGGAAGGGUUGAACAAAUAUCAGAGGCACCAUUGGGUUGCACAGAAUCGUGAGGAGGUGGAAUGUCUUCUUGGGGAACCAUCAAACUUCCUUAGUCACAACACUAUUAAAUACCAUAUAGUUUGACUAAUGAAGUGCAAAUAUCAUUAGGUGGUGGCCGGUGAUUAUACUUCUGAAGAUAUAUCUUAAUGGAAUCUUCCUUCUUAAUUUAGUUUCUUUUUCAGUCUUGUAUUCCAUUGCAUGGUUCAUUCUUGUCAUUUUGAAAUAAGAAUAGUUUCUAGGCUGUAACAAAUAAUGA